CAGGCGCGAGCACACUAAACACGCGCUUUGAAUAUUUAAAAAACAAAACACAUUCGAUAUUCCAUAUUCAAAAAAGUAAAUGUAUUCUUCCGCAUUUGUUUUAUAAAGACGUGUUUCAAAAUGAAGCUUUUAGUGUUAUUUUCUUUGUUUUUUGUUCUGUGUAGUGUAGAAUCGCUGAAAGUAUUAGUAUUAUUUCAUAUGCCCGUUAAAAGUUUAAGUAUAUUAGGAACAGGGGUGGUCAGACAUCUGCUGAAUGCUGGACACGAGGUGACAUACGUAACUGUGUAUCCUCUGAAGAACCCGCCAACUAAAAACUUUCGACAAAUUGACAUCAGCAAAAAUGUUGAACUUGUUGCAAAUGAUGAAACUCUUACAAUGGGAUACGUCCUAGAACAUCAAAUUGAGAAGAAUGGAGCUUACCAGAUGCAAGUGUUCUCACAAGAGAAUGCUCGACAGACCUUCCAGAAUGAAAACUUGAAGAAGCUCAUACAAGACCCCAACGAACACUUUGACGUUGUUUUCAGUGAUUUGCUUGAGUCUGAAGUAUAUGCUGGAUUAGCAGUGCUAUACGAUUGCCCAAUGAUCUGGCUGUACUCUAUGGGAGCCCACUGGCAGGUGCUAAGACUGAUAGACCAUGGAUCAAACCCUGCUUUCACUCCAGACUACUUGUCUCCUAACAAACUUCCACUGUCUUUGUUGGAGAGAGUAGAAGAGUUAUGGGCCAGGAUUAGAUGGCAAUUCCUUAAGACAUUCAUCACACAACCAGAGGAGCGCAAGAUUUACGAAGAAACCUUUGGCCCACUAUUAGCCCAGCGUGGUAGAACACUGCCAGAUUACGAAGAAGUUAUGUACAAUGCCUCCUUGAUUUUCGCCAAUGAACACCAUGCAAUCAGAGACAGGCCAGCUACUCCUCAAAACUUUAAGUACGUCGGUGGUUUCCAUAUUGAAGAUCCUGUGCAACCACCGCCUAAGCAUUUCCAAGAACUCAUAGAAAAUUCCAAACAUGGCGUAAUAUACUUCAGCAUGGGGUCGUUUUUGAAAAGUAAUUCUUUACCCAAAAAAUUGGUUCAGGAACUCCUGAACAUGUUUGGACAACUCAAACAGACCGUUAUUUGGAAAUUCGAAACAAGCUUGCCAGAUGUACCGAAGAACGUACACAUUGUGCACUGGGCUCCGCAACCCAGUAUUUUAGCUCAUCCAAAUGUGAAAAUCUUCAUCACACACGGAGGCUUGCUGUCCUCAAUGGAAGCCAUCCAUUUCGGAGUGCCAAUCAUAGGAGUUCCUGUGUUCUUUGACCAGUUCACAAACAUUAACAAGGCUGUGAUUAGUGGUUACGCUUUGAGGGUCAACCUGAAUUAUGACCUGCCCAAGGGCCUUAGUGCUGCCAUCGAUGUUAUGUUGAAUGAUGAUCGGUACUCCAAAAAAGUCAAAGAAAUGUCUGCAAUCUACCAUGACAGCCUUACAAAACCUGGUGAUGAGAUCGUGCACUGGGUGGAGCACGUGGUGCGCACGCGUGGCGCUCGCCACCUCCGUUCACCUGCUUUCAACGUACCACUGUACCAACGACUGUACCUAGAUGUGCUAGCGAUAAUACUGGCUGCUUUGUAUCUGGUCAAGUAUAUCAUUGCUAGUUUUGACACAAAGAAAGCUAAGAAACAGUCUCAGAAGAAAAAGAAUUAGAGUAAAUUAUUGAAUAGUUAAUUUAAGUUUAGUAAUUAGGUAUAAUAAUGAAGAAGAAUUCACAAAUAAUACAGAGUUUUUUUAAAGAUUACUUUGACGUAAUACUAAACAGCAAAAUGUAAGAUUAUCGUGAUAUAUAAAUGCAAAUUAAAGAUAAAAUAACAAUGUACAAGAUGAUAAAAUCACUGCGCGCAUAAAGUCUGAACUGAGUUUGAUUUAUAAAAAGUUUUAAUUUAAAA